AUAAUAUCCUCUUGGAUAAUUUUUUUUUUUUGGUAUAAUUUAUUUCCACUGGUCUAAUUAGCUAAAAGCGAUCUUGCCUUGGUAUAACACCCGAGGGCCGACACAAGGCAAGAUCACUUUCAGUUAUUAACCGACCAUAUCCCAACCACCACCAACCGCUGUCGUACUAACCGCCAGCAGUAUGGCAAUGGUCCACAAGGACGUAUCGUGUAAACUACUUAAAUCUUUCGUACGUCGUGCCAAUACGGCGUCACCCGCCACUUUAAGGUUCCGUCAAGCGCAAAGAACCACAUUUAACGCCGCCACUACUAAUAACUUUCCUCAAGCACCACAACCCGCCGCCAUCCCCACCACCACCAAUGCAACCGUCACCGGCAAUAACAACAAGAACAAUAAUAAUAACAAUAACAAUCACAAUAACAAUAACAAUGACAAGAUAUUUGAUUUUGACGACACCAAGACUUUGUUCGCGUCAGUUUCAACGGGGAAACUGAUGCAUUCGGCGGCCACAUUAAAUGUGGCUGCAAUGGAGCCUAUGGUGGAUUUGAGCCUUUGGGUGAUGAACUCGCGUUUGAUGGACGUGGGGUUGUUUCGGGCAGUGGUGUUGACGACGAUUAAACAUACGGCGUAUAAUCAUUUUGUGGCGGGUGCGGAUACCGUUGAAACGGGCCAGACUGUUAGGAGGUUGUGGGAAUCUGGGUUGAGAGGGAUUGUGGAUUAUGGGCUGGAGCAUGCAAAUGAUAAUGAAUCUUGUGAUAAAGCUACUCAGCAGUUGAUUAAAACUGCUGAAUCUACCCAAUCUCUUCCACCUUCUUCUGUAAGUUUUGUGGCUGUGAAGGUUACAGCGGUCUGCCCUGUGUAUCUUCUAAGGCGAGUGAGUGAUCUUCUUCGAUGGGAGUACAAGAAUUCAUCUUUCAAGCUACCAUGGAAGCAACAAACACUACCUAUAUUUUCCGAAACCAGCCCAUUCUAUCAUACAUUACAGCAGCCUGCCCCUUUGACUGCUGAGGAAGAACGUGAUCUCGAGUUAGCUUACAAAAGAUUACAAAGCGUUUGUGACAAAAGCUUUGAAAGCAAUGUCCCGGUUGUUAUUGAUGCAGAGGACACUUUUAUCCAGCCCGCGAUUGAUUACAUGACAUAUUGGGCUUCCUUCAAGUAUAACAAGUCCAAAACACCGGUGGUUUAUGGCACCGUGCAAGCCUACUUGAAGGAUGCUGGUGAGAGGAUGUUUUUGGCCAAGAAGGCAGCAGACAAAGCCGGGCUGCCUGUCGGGUUUAAGUUGGUUCGUGGAGCGUAUAUGUCUAGUGAAAACAAGUUGGCGCAUUCACUCGGUGUUGAGUCCCCUAUUCACAAUACCACAAAUGAUACACACAACUGUUACAAUGGGUGUGCUGCAUUCAUGCUUGAUGAGAUUUCUACGCGUCCCGGUGGACUCAUUCUUGCCACCCACAAUCUUGAAUCAGCAAAAUUGGCUGCACAAAAGGCGCGCGAACAUGGGAUCACAAAAGAUAGUCAGAAGCUCGAGUUUGCUUCACUCUAUGGAAUGUCGGAGGCAAUGACUUUCGGGUUGAGGAAUGCAGGCUUUGGUGUUAGCAAGUAUUUGCCAUUUGGACCCGUUGAUCAAGUCAUGCCUUAUCUUCUACGUCGCGCAGAGGAGAACAAAGGGAUGUUGUCUUCUUCAAAUCUUGACAGACAACUCAUGACGAAAGAACUAAAGAGGAGGAUGAAAGCAUAUUUUGGCAAAGGCAUAAAGGAAGGUGAGAACCAAAUCAAAGCACAAGCUAACUCCAUGACAAACUAAGCAAAAUGAUCAAUAUUUUGGGUCAAGCCUCUUUUUGGCUGUCACAAGUCACAACAUAUAACACAUAUAUAUGUAUAAACUGGAAUAAGCAUGUAAAGGAAAAGGUUCAUUUGUUUACAAUUUCUCUCUAUAAUGAAUAUUAAGUGUUUUCAUGCAUC